AUGCUUGUCACUGCUGGUCGAAGUCUAUCACUGUUUACGACUCGCAAACUGGCUACGCAAGAAACGUCCUGUAAUACCUUUGCAGAACGGUGGUAUGAUUGGAUCAAGACAGAGAGAAGGAUACGAACAGCAUUUACGAUAUUCCUAAUCGACAGUGAACUUGCCAUAUUCUUUCGAACUCUGAACCAAUCUCUCAAGUCAUGGAAGCGUUACUGGGAUAAGAAGCUCUCGCUUGAGAAGCUCUGCAACGCUGAAGAUCUUGCUGAAUCGAGACUUGGAGAAAGCCUGUACUGGCUAGCACGACUAUUAGUGCAUAUCAAGCCAUAG